AUGCUCGCAGUCCUGGCUCGCCGCACCGGCGGCGCGCGAUUCCCCCUCUCCAGCCUGAACCUUGUAGUACACAAAGCUCACCUCAGCGAGGCAGCGGCCCGCGAGGAGCGUGCCGCUGAGGUGGAGCCAGACCUCGCCCCUGUGAUCGAGGAGGUGGCCGCAGCGAACAAGGCGGCGGUGGUGGCGCGGCGGGCCUUCCAGAGGAGCAGCACGAUCGCGCCCACCAACCUGCCGUUCGAUGACCCCAAGGUCGCCUUCAAGUCCAAGUCCAACCUGGACCUGAUGCGAUCGCUGGCCGUGUUCCAGAUGUGCCGCCUGCGGCCCAUCGUGGACAACGCCGACUCCAUCCUGGCCUGGUCCAAGCGCAUCUUUGGCUCCACGCUGGUGAACGCCGUGGUCCGGCAGACGUUCUACAAGCACUUUGUGGCAGGCAAAGACAAGGAGGAGAUGCAGCCUACUCUGCAGUACCUCGCAAAGCAUGGUAUCGCGGCCAUCCUCGACUACGCCGCAGAGGACGACUUGGAGGCCAGCGAGCAGGAUGACCUGGCGGGGGAGAAAGUGGUGGCGCGGGUGUACAACUACGAAGGCGAGGACCUGUGCGAUCGGCGCAUGGAGGUCUUCCUCAAGGCCAUCGACGCCGCCAGCACCAUGAACGGCCACGGGUUCGUGGCCAUCAAGCUCACCGCGCUGGGGCUGCCGGAGCUGCUGGAGCGCGUGUCGAACGCGCUCACCGCCAUCCGCGGCCUUUUCCAGCAAUUUGACGACGACGGCAAUGGGUCGGUGAGCAUCGAGGAGUUCAAGCGCGUGUACAAGGAGUUUUUCAUCGACGACGCCGACGACGUGCCCAAGGGGUGGUUUGAGCAGCUGGACGUGACCAAGGACGGCCAGGUCGACUACAUCGACUGGACGGGGCAGCACUCCUGGUUCCAGCCCGCGGUGGACCACGCCACCGCGCAGCUGCAGGCGGAGCACAACCGGGAGCGCCCCAUCGUGUUCGGCACCUACCAGUGCUACCUGAAGGACGCGCUGCCGCGGCUCGCCUUCGACCUGGAGCGCGCGCGGCGUGGCGGCUACCGCUUCGGCGCCAAGCUCGUGCGUGGCGCCUACAUGGUGGUGGAGCGGCGGCGCGCCGCGGAGCUGGGCGUGCCCUCCCCCAUCCAUGACAGCCUGGCCGCGACGCACGAGUCCUACGACGCCUGCGUGGCCGAGGUGAUGGCCCACGUGGCGGACGAGGGCGCGGGCAUGAUGGUGGCGACGCACAACCAGGCCUCCAUCGAGGCCGCGGUGGCGGCCAUGGAGGAGCGCGGGCUGGGGCCGCAGGCCGGGGUCUACUUUGGCCAGCUCCUGGGCAUGGCCGACAACCUGACCUUCGUGCUGGGCCAGCACGGCUACGGCGCCUACAAGUACGUGCCCUUCGGCUCCGUGGACGAGGCCAUGCCCUACCUCAUCCGCCGCGCGCAGGAGAACUCCGACAUGCUGGGCGGGGUGGGCAAGGAGAUGGCCAUGAUGCGACGGGAGCUGCGCCGCAGGCUGCUGGGCUGA